CUGUAAUUCGUUGCAGUGACCUCUUUUUAUCAUAAUAUUAUUUUACUUACCCUGCUGGGUGUUUUAUAGUUAAAACAAGACACAAUUAUCAUGUUAGAAGAGAUAAUUGAAAGUGUUGGUUCCAGUGGAAAGUUUCAAUGGAUGACCGUUAUGCUGAUCAUGUCCUGUAAGAGUGUAAUGUCUUUAAGUAUGCUGAUGAUGGCAUACGGCGGACUCGUUCCAGACUGGUGGUGUUAUCCUGAAGAUGAAAAGAGUGUUUCGGUAGCACCUUUGAACAGCUCAAGUCACUAUUAUCAAGUAUGCAAUGAAACUUCUGUUUGUUCCAGAAAUUAUGAAGCGGAUACCAAAACAGUUGUAAGCAAGUUUGAUUUAGUCUGUGAAAAUACUUGGAUUAAACCAACCGUGACAGCUGUACAGAUGGGAGGGGUACUAGUUGGCGCUUUAAUUGGGGGUCAGUCAGGAGACGUGUUUGGACGAAAGAAAACUAUUUAUACUGCCAUUCUUCUUCACUCUAUUUUCAACAUAAUUGUCGCCUUUUCUGUCAACUGGCAAAUGUUUGCAGCUUUCAGAUUCUUAAUUGGUGGGUGUAUAGGUACCUUUCUGGUAUCAGUUGUAUAUCCACUGGAAUUCAUUGGUCGUAAACAUCGAGCUGUAGUAUCUGCUAUACCCUUUUGGACAACUGGCCUUAUCCUUCUAGCUUUAGCUUCCUAUCUUAUACGUGAUUGGAAAAUUCUACAUAUUGGUCUUGGGGUUGUGUCCUCUCCUUACCUACUUGGAUGGUUUGUAGUUCCCGAAAGUCUGCGAUGGUUGUCUACUAAAGACAGAAUAGAAGAAGCAAAAGAAAUUCUUGAUAAAAUUGCCAGGUUCAAUGGUACAAAGGUUCCAGAAAAUGCGGAAGAUGUUCUGAGAAAAGUUGCCGAAAUGGAAAAAAAGAAAAACAGGACGGAAAAGAAAUAUACGUAUCUAGACAUCUACAAAGGAUUUCCAAUGCUAAAGAAGAGUCUCUGCAUACAAUUAAUUUGGUUCUCCUGUUCAACAACGUCUUAUGGACUUUCUUUUGGAAUCAGCACCUUUUCUGGAAAUUUUUACUUGAACUUUUUUCUGAUGAGUGUUACAGAGUUAACCACAUAUUUCCCAACCAUUUACUGUUUAGAAAAAAUAGGAAGACGUUAUACAUGCGCGGGUGCUUUAUUCCUAGCUGCAGCAUCUUGUAUCACUGCUUUAAUUAUACAAGCAGUAAAUGAUGUAUCAAAGAGCUCAAUGAUUACUGGUGUGUCGUUGUUGGCGAAGAUUUUAACUGGUUCAGCGUGGGCAUCCUUGGUCGUGUUGAGUAACGAGUCCUAUCCAACUGUCAUCAGGUCUUUGGGCUAUGGCGCAGCCAACACAAUGGCUCGAAUUGGUGGCAUCUUGGCUCCUUUUAUUUUUAGCCUAGGAAGUAACAGAAUGAUACCUUAUAUUAUAAUGGCUGUUCUGUUGGUAUCUAGUGGUAUCUGCGCUUUGUUACAGAAGGAAACCAGGGGGUUGGCCUUAGAGGAUCUUAUUGAGACAGUUGCCGAGGAAAACGAAAGAAAAGACAGAAAGAAAUCUAGUAUUUACAACAUUAGCUCAGAAUCAAACGGGACUAUUAGUCAAGUUGGAGAACAAAUCAACAGUCUAUCACAAAAUACAAAUACCAAAUCCAUUAACGAAAUCAGCACUCAGAUGUAACAAUUCCUGUAGAUUCAUAAUGUUUGAAAGCAAAUAAGAAUAUUGAUAUUUAAUACCAAAUAAUUGACAUAGAAGUCAAAAAUAUGAACUAUUUACUGGUGUUACAAAAAACUAAGACGGCUUGAAGAAUCGUCUGAAUUGUACGUAAAAUUUUUAUUACUGUAUGUAUCUAUGAAAUAACAUUUAUAUGUAGUGUAAUGAUGGCUAUAAAAUAUAUAGUGAAAAUAAUACUCCGGUACUGACGAUCGAUGUACUACAGGGGACAAGAUUCAUUCGGUGGCAAGGGUGCAUAGUAUCAGAAAAUAGACAGGGAGGGUGGAGAGCUAGUAAUUGGGCACGUGGUCAUUGAACAUGCAUACCAAGUUUCCCAAAUAACAAAAAUAAUAACAGAUGAAAUUCGUUACUCCCACUUAUGUAUUGUGGGGGUUUAUUUGAAUAAACAUAGUUGGGGGCUUAUGUUAAAGGGACAAUAACACUCUUGCGGGCUUGACAGCUCCAGAAAAUAAAAAAUAGCCUUAUUCUAAGAACUAGAUGUGUUAGUGUCCUACCCGUUGUUUUAAUUAUCUAUUAAAUCCUAUUUUACUUGUCCAGAGGGUUCAAAAAUAUUUUAAAAUCCAAGUCACAUUUGAAAAGCUUUUACGUCAGGCUUUCCAAAUCAUUUAGUUGAAUUUUUCCAAUUUUUUAAAUUAGGUGUGUUAAGGUGAAAUUUGUAUCAUCAAUUAAUUGGAAUAUUGUAAAAUAGUACAAUUUGUUGACCAGAAUAAAGAAAGGGACAUAUUAUUCAGUUACAACAAGAGUGGUAUUGAGCCUUUAACGAAAUAACACCGCGGGCGAUCCCAAAACCCAUUUUAAAAUAUUUUAGUCAACCACGAUACUACAAACAAUAUCAUAAACAAUAGAUCUGACCCCUCGAAUUUGAUGACAUCUUAUCUCCAUAUCGGCUUCUUUGCCCUGCUGGUAUGGAUACUUGUUUAAACAAUAUCAUAUUUAUUAUGUACACAUGUCAUGAACUAUACAACAUUAAUUUGCAUAAUAUUAUAUAAAAUAUAAU